AGCUACAUCAGAAAGCCCCUGGGCUCCGCUCUGCGCGUUGCCUCGCGCCCCUACAGCAGCUCCUCGUACCUGACCACCAACACCAACCUCCGUAUCAACGACCAGACCAAGGUCAUCUUCCAGGGCUUCACCGGCAAGCAGGGAACCUUCCACGCCCAGCAGGCCAUUGAGUACGGCACCCAAGUAGUCGGUGGCACCAACCCCAAGAAGGCCGGAGAGACACACCUGGGCAAGCCCGUCUUCGCAACCGUCGCCGACGCUGUCAAGGAGACUGGCGCUACCGCUUCCGCCAUCUUCGUNCCCCCUCCCGUCGCCGCCAAGGGUAUCGAGGAGGCCAUCGAGGCCGAGAUCCCUCUCGUUGUCUGUAUCACCGAGGGUAUUCCCCAGCACGACAUGGUCCGCAUCACCGACAUCCUCAAGACCCAGAGCAAGACCAGACUCGUCGGUCCCAACUGCCCCGGUAUCAUCGCUCCGAUUGGUAUCAUGCCUGGCUUCAUCCACAAGCGCGGUCGCAUUGGUAUCGUCUCCCGUUCCGGUACCCUCACCUACGAGGCCGUCAACCAGACCACCCAGACCGGUCUCGGUCAAUCUCUCGUCGUCGGUAUCGGUGGUGACCCCUUCUCUGGUACCAACUUCAUCGACUGCCUCAAGGUCUUCCUCGAGGAUGGCGAGACUGACGGUAUCAUCAUGAUCGGUGAGAUUGGUGGUUCUGCCGAGGAGGAUGCUGCAGACUUCCUCAAGCAGUACAACACUGCCAACAAGCCCGUUGUCUCCUUCAUCGCUGGUAUCUCUGCUCCUCCCGGCAGACGUAUGGGUCACGCUGGUGCCAUUGUCAGCGGUGGCAAGGGUGGUGCCGACUCCAAGAUCUCGGCCCUCGAGGCUGCUGGCGUCAUUGUCGAGCGCAGCCCUGCUUCGCUCGGUAAGACCAUGCACGCAGAGUUCGUCAAGCGCGACAUGAUCUAA